AUGACAAGCGAAAUACCACCACCAUCCUCGAAUGACCUUAAGACAUACCCGGAGCCCUCCGCGCUGACCACACUCAUCUCCACCGCCAUCUCUCCCACCACUUCCCUCUCCGCAGCAACCCUUCAAGUCCUCCACAAUCUGCAGCACCAACACCUCUGGACCUCGCUCCAAAUCCACCGUCUCUCCCUCCCGGAAGCACCAUCGACCUCAUCCGAUGUAUCAUACGCAUCAUCAACAGCCACAACCGCCUUCGUGAUAUCCGGUGUCCCACCGAACAGAAUCUACACCCACCCCGACGAACAACUCUUCAUGCUCGAGCGCGGUCUUCGCGAUAACGACAUUGAUCCGGAGCGCACGUUUGUUCUUCCCACUGUAGAAGGGCAGUCGUGGAGUUUGCGGAAGAUGGCGGCUGUUUUUGACUCGUUACCGCAGGUCGAUGAGGGUUUGGCUUCGCUGGCUCCCGAGGGAGGGAGAGAAGGAGAGGGAUCGCAGCCGAGGGACGAGAAGGAGGCUAAGAUUGCAGAGUACCUGGAGUAUCGGAAAUCUGCACGGGCUACGAAGGAGUGGGGUGGGAAGCGGUUGCUGUUGUCUAUGGUGGACAGGAAUAUGGGCGGUGAUGGGACUGUGGUUUACUAUGUGGUCCAGGAAGGUGCUGUGAAGCCUCGGCAGAAUUGA